AUGACCGAACGCCCAGUUGCACUAGUGACAGGCUGCGCGGGCGGAAUAGGCCGUGCCAUUGCUCUUCGUCUUGCAAGCGAUGGAUUCGACGUUACUUUGAACGAUAUCGCUUCCCAGAAAGAGAAUCUGGAGACCCUUCACAACGAAAUCGAGAAGCUGGGAAAGAAAGCAUCCAUUUACACAGCUGAUGUUUCGAAAGAGGACGAGGUAAAGGCUAUGGUUGAUAAGACUGUUGAAGUGCUAGGUAGAUUGGAUAUUGUAAGCUUUCUCCCAAUCUUUCCCCCGUUUGACUUGACAUUUUCUGGAACUCCGAUAUCAGCCACGGUGGAGGAAUGGGACCGCAUUUUUGCCAUAAACGCACGAGGAAUAUUCCUUUGCUACAAGUACGCUGCGAUACAGAUGGUCAAACAAGGUUGGGGAGGACGGAUUAUUGGUGCGAAUUCCGUCACGGGGAUGAGAGCCCAUGGGAAUUUAUGUCCUUAUAGCUCAUCAAAAUUCGCUGUUCGCGGGUUGACGCAGAGUGCUGCGAUGGAACUGGGACCGCACCAGAUCACUGUCAAUGCUUAUGCACCUGGGUUUAUUGACACUCCCAUGACGAGAUCUGUGUAUUCUGGAGAAGAAUUCGCUGAAAGUGUAACAAUAUCUCUGAGCUACAUCAAUUAUAAAGUCGCGUUAAAGAAGAUAGGACAACCUAAGGAUUUAGCCAGCUUGGUUUCAUACAUUGCGUCGCCAGAAUCGCACUUCAUUACUGGACAGAGCGUAAGUGACAUUCGUUAUGUAUGUGGAUUUCUUGUCACAGACGACCUUCGUGUUGGCCCCUCUUUCUAUAUCUCUUUCCCUGGACAGGAAACAAACGUACAGCCUACCACCAUGACCGAACGCCCAGUUGCACUAGUGACAGGCUGCGCGGGCGGAAUAGGCCGUGCUAUCGCGCUUCGUCUUGCAAGCGAUGGAUUCGAUGUUACUCUGAACGAUAUCGCUUCCCAGAAAGAGAAUCUGGAGACCCUUCACAACGAAAUCGAGAAGCUGGGAAAGAAAGCAUCCACUUACAUAGCCGAUGUUUCGAAGGAGGACGAGGUAAAGGCCAUGGUUGAUGAGACGGUAAAAGUGUUAGGCAGGCUGGAUGUUAUGGUAGCCAAUGCCGGCAUAUGUCCUAGAUUCUCUGGUCUUAUGAACACCACGGCGGAGGAAUGGGACCACAUUUUAGGAGUAAAUGCGCGAGGAGUAUUCCUUUGCUAUAAGUAUGCUGCGAUGCAGAUGAUUAAACAAGGUCAAGGGGGGCGCAUUAUUGGCGCAAAUUCUAUCGCAGGGAUGAGAGCUCUGCCAGGCACAUGUCCUUAUACCAUGUCAAAAUUCGCUGUUCGCGGGCUGACACAGAGUGCUGCGAUGGAACUGGGACCGCACCAGAUCACCGUCAAUGCUUAUGCACCCGGUGUGUAUCAUCGCUAUGUCCUGAUACUAGAAUUUCCAUCAAAGGUCCACCAGAGUGAAAACACAUCUGCAUUGAAGAAGAUAGGGCACCCUAAGGAUUUGGCCAGCUUGGUCUCGUACCUUGCAUCGCCAGAGUCGCACUUCAUCACUGGUCAGACUGUAAGCGUCACUCAAUCUAUGUAUACGUUUCUUGUCAUAGACAUACAUUUCCAGAUUAGCAUUGAUGGCGGACGGUUUUUCAAUUGA